CUGGAGCCCCGCGGCUGCCGUGGAGGGGUCUGGGGGAGGAAGAGGAGGAGGAGAGAGCGCUGCGACCUCCGCAGCCCGGGACAGGCCGCGCCCCCCUCCGCCGCCGCCGCCUUCGCCCCCUCUCUCCCGCCGCCGCCUCCUCCUCCGGGGCCGCCAUGGUGUCCGUCACGAUGGCCACCUCGGAGUGGAUCCAGUUCUUCAAGGAGGCCGGCAUCCCCCCCGGGCCCGCCGUCAACUACGCCGUCAUGUUCGUGGACAACAGGAUUCAGAAGAACAUGCUGAUGGACUUGAACAAGGAGAUCCUGAACGAACUGGGCGUCACUGUGGUCGGGGAUAUCAUCGCCAUUCUCAAGCAUGCCAAAGUCGUUUAUAGGCAGGAAAUGUGCAAGGCAGCCACGGAGUCGGUCGCCUCCAGUCAAGCCACCGUGCAGCCCGAGCUCCGCAGGAACGCCGCCAGCGCCGCCAGCAGGAUGAUCGCCAACAGCCUCAGCCGAGACUCCCCGCCUUCCACUCCCGUCCGGAGGCCGGACAGCAGCGCUUCGAAGAUCUCCGUCACGGUGUCCAACAAACUGGCUGUGAAGAAUGCCAAGACAGCUCUGUGCAGCACAGCAGACGAGACUCCCGCUGCAGCCCCAGUGAAGCGCCGGCGGGUCACGGCCGAGAUGGAAGGGAAGUACAUCGUCCACAUGCCCAAAGGCACCACGCCCAGGACCAAGAAGAUCCUGGAGCAGCAGGCGGCCAAAGGUUUGCCGAGGACCUCCGUGUUUGACCGACUGGGUGCCGAGACCAAUGCGGACACGACCACAGGAGCGAAGCCCACAGGGGUCUUCAGCCGGCUGGGGGACAUGCAGGAGGCGGCAGAGGACAAAGCGGCCGAGAGCGAGGAGGACGACAGCUCCGUCCUGCCGUAUGCCGGGGUGCUGAAGAAAUCCUUCCGGCCUCCCGCCCCCAAGGAGGAGGGCGCCCCGGCCGGGGUGACCGUCAAGGCCAAGGCCACCAGCUCCAAGUCCCAGCCGCCCCCGGCGGGCAAGAGCCCGGCCAGCUCGGGGGGCCCCCGGAAGGAGAAGGCGCUCGAGUCGCCCUCCCGCGGCCAGGUGGCCCGGCGGCUGGGCAAGCGGUCCCUGCCCGGGGACCCCCAGGACAGCAGCGUCACCAGCUCCCGGAGCCGGCCGGAGCCCGACCUGCAGGUCACCAUCCAGAGGACGCUGGGCAGCGCCAAGGUAAGCAGCACCUCGGAAGGCCACAGCGCCCAGAUGGACAACACGGGGACGGUCAGCGUCUUUAAGCGGCUGGGCAGAAGGACAGUGGUGUGACGGACGCCUCGGGGCACAACACCUGCCUCUCCACUCUUUCUUCACGAUCAUGCGUGGGGGGGGGGCCCUGCCUGGAGGAGGAGAGGAGACCGCUUGGACCUGGUGUUUGUUUUUUAAACUCCUCCCCCCCCCCUUAACACAAAAACGGUUUCCAGCACUGGCCCCGGGCAGGUGAGUCGGUGUGUUUCUGUGAAGCUCCAGGUCAAUUGUCCCAGCUGCUCUGCGCCUGCCCCUUCCACGUGCAGAGUUGGGGGGGGGGUCCCUUGUGCAUCUGAGUGAUCACCCCCCCGGCAGGUGUGAGGACCUGGGAGAGACCUGCCCAUCCUUCGUGGCGGCUCCGGACUGCACUGAAACGCCCCCCCUUUCUCUGUGUCUGUUCUUCCCCUCUGCAGGUCCUUGCACUUUCCUAGGAUGUAGUCUCUUGAGAGGG